AUAUUCCCAGUUCUCAAAUUAUAAUAAUAAAGUUUUCAAAUGAAAAUCCUAGGAUUGUUUGAGGUUCUCUUUGCUCCAUUCCACUGUGGGAUACAAGUGGAAAUUGGGACAUUCAUCCAAUAAAAUGUUAUUGGAAAAAAAAAAAUUUAACUACAUUUCAAAACGAUUCCUCUCUUUUUCCUUUAAAAUUUUUAUUGACCAAGACAGAUUUCAAAAUGUUUUCUCUAAUAUCCCAAAGUGAAACUUUGAUUGAGGUUUUCAGGAAAUUCCAGGGAUCCAGCAUGUCACCCAGACUUUGGUUUCCAGGUUUCCCAAAGCCUUGAAAUUUCCCUAGAGUCUAAUUGCUGUUUACUGUCACAAACCUUCAUCCUUUUUCUUCUGUAACAUUUUCCAUCUUAAGAAGGGUCGUCCCAUUCGGCCGAGGAGCGUGUUGUCUGAGUAGUUGAAUGGAAUUACUACCAGUGGAAAGUAUGCUGCAAGAGGGGUUGAUAAAGCAGCUGCGAAGCAAACCUCAGCUGUUUUUUCCAUUCUCCCCAAGCAAAGUUAAUUAGCAUAGGGAAAAUGACUAAAGUGUUGACGUCAUCUCUUUCCAGUAGAAACUUACACUUUGUCCCUGUCUGCCUGCAAGCAUGCAGGACUUGACUCAGGAAUUUGCUGUCCAAACAGGAUGCUGUGGAAGCUGCCCUUUUUUUUCCCAGGGAGUGGGGGCUGGCCCUCACUGCUUUAUAAGCACCGGCUCUAGAAGAAACCUACAGCCUCUUGGAAAGGAAUCUCACUAAGGGCUUGACUGCGUGGGUCUCUAGCGCUUUCACUGUAAGAAAGCAAGAUGCAUUUUAGAAACUUUAACUACAGUUUUAGCUCCCUGAUAGCCUGUGUGGCAAACAGUGAUAUCUUCAGCGAAAGUGAAACCAGGGCCAAAUUUGAGUCUCUCUUUAGGACAUAUGACAAGGACAUCACCUUUCAGUAUUUUAAGAGCUUCAAACGAGUCAGAAUAAACUUCAGCAACCCCUUCUCCGCAGCAGAUGCCAGGCUCCAGCUGCAUAAGACUGAGUUUCUGGGAAAGGAAAUGAAGUUAUAUUUUGCUCAGACCUUACACAUAGGAAGCUCACACCUGGCUCCGCCAAACCCCGACAAGCAGUUUCUGAUCUCCCCUCCCGCCUCUCCGCCAGUGGGGUGGAAACAAGUGGAAGAUGCCACCCCAGUCAUAAACUAUGAUCUCUUAUACGCCAUCUCCAAGCUGGGGCCAGGGGAAAAGUAUGAAUUGCACGCAGCGACUGACACCACUCCCAGUGUGGUGGUCCACGUAUGUGAGAGCGAUGAAGAGAAGGAGGAAGAAGAGGAGAUGGAGAGAAUGAAGAGACCCAAGCCAAAAAUUAUCCAGACCAGGAGGCCAGAGUACACGCCGAUCCACCUCAGCUGAGCUGGCACACGACGAGGAUGCAUUCCAAAUCAUACUCACAGGAGGAAUCUUUUACUGUGGAGGUGGCCGGUCACGACUUCUUCGGAGGUGGGAGCCGAGAUCGGGGUGGCAGAAAUCCCAGUUCAUGUUGCUCAGAAGAGAAUCAAGGCCGUGUCCCCUUGUUCUAAUGCUGCACACCAGUGACUGUUCAUGGCACCCGGGAAUGGCUUGGGCCAAUCCCCGAGUUUGUGGUGAUUGCACAAGGACAUUUGGGACUGUCUUGAGAAAACUGAUCAUGAUAGUGUUUUGUACUUAUUGUUCUCUGGUAGGUUCUGUCUGUGCCAAGGGCAGGCUGGUCAGUGGCUUCGGGAGAGAGCUUCCUGUUUCUAAGCAGCCUGCAGGGUCUACUCUCUACUAGUAGGAAGAGGUACCACAGGAAGCCACCUAGUGCAGAGAGGUCGUGAAAACAGCAGCAAUGCAGCGUGGAAAUUGUCGCGUUUCCUUUCUUCCCUCAUGUUCUCAUGUUUGUGCAUGUAUAUUACUGAUUUUGAAAACUAACCUUUGUUCGUAUAUGAAGUUACACUCUUAAUUUACAUCUUUUGGGAAGCCAGGAAAGCAUCUGGAAAACAUAUCAUCUUUCCCAGAUUCUUGGAUUCUCGACGCUCUUUGCAACAGCACUCGCUGGUGGAACUCUUCCUGGAAUACAUUCACUCGGCGUCCUAAACUGUGCAACAUGUAACCUGCGCUUCUGCAAAAGCAGUCGAUCUGAAGUUCCUCUGUAGUGUUUAGUUAUACAAUUCAGAGAAUAGCAGUUUCACUGCCAGCUUGUAGUGGGUGAGACAUUUUAGUUUAGGUGUUCGGGGUCGGAUAUCAGUUUCUGUUAUUUCUUUGGUGUGGUGGUUUCUAUACACGAAUCAUAGCCAAAAACUCUUUUGGAAACUGUUGGUUGAGAUAGUUGGUUUUUUUACCCCACUAAAGGCAUCAAGAAAAAACUUGUAAAUAAAGCUGAUAGCAUACAUUCAUACCUGUUGUACACUUGGGUGAAAAGUGUGGCAGUGGGAGACUGGGUUGUAUUAACCUACCUGUGACUCGUAUGUUGUAGAAAAUGCUGUCCCCAUGUCUAACAGGACUUGAAUUCAAAGCAUGUCAAGUGGAUAGUAGCUCUGUGGUGAUACGAGAGGGAUGCAGUGCCUUUCCCCAUUAAUUCCUGCUGGAAUUCUUAUACUAGGUUCACAUUUGUAAUUUUUUUCUAGUUGUAGCGUGUAUGUCUGGUAAAUAGGUAUUAUAUUUUGGCCUUACAACACCAUAACAAAGUUUGUCAUUUUGAAAUACCUAACGCCAAGUAGCAGUGCAUGCUUUGGAAAUUUGGAAGAUGGUUUUAUUAAAUGCUUUGAUUGUUUAUAUCAAGAAAUUGAUUGAACGUUCUCACACCCUGUUUAUGGUACUUGGUAUGAGGAAGCCUAUUUGGGAGAGACCAUUGCAUCACCGUGCAGGUGUUUCUAGUUAAGUGCUUUUAAACUGGAGAGGCUAACCUCAAAAAAUAUUUUUUUUAACUGCAUUCUAUAAUAAAUGGGCACAGUAUGCUCCUUACGGAAAA